AUGAAUCGAUGGGAAGCAUAUCAGUACAGUCCCACUGCUGUCGUGCAAAAUCAAGUGACAAUGCAGGAUAGUAAGGCACUUGUUGAACGUGAAGUCUUCCAGCACGCUACUGUUGGCAACUUCUUGGGAUCCAGUAUUGAAGGGUCAGGUUCCGGUUUUAUACGCUGUCUAUAUACAGCAAAGAAUACAAUAAAUGCAACCGUCACAUUGUUAUGUGAUGUCAAUGCUGGUUGCUGUGAGAGAGGUUGCUGUCCUCAAGAUCUUUUCUGGAUGGCUGGAGUAUUUAUUCUCUUAGUUUUCGUGCUUUUGGUGUUUUUCAUUGGCGCAUGCAUCGUAAUUUGUUGUUAUUGGCGAUCGAAAAGGGAGCAACGUAGGGAAGCUUAUGAAUAUAGCAUAUAUGGCUCUCAGGUCGGCAUGUAUCCAGAUGGAUGCAAUUCUUAUACAAGCCGAUCUGUCUAUCAAAGGUAUUAA